CGCAGUAGGAUUUCCGGAGGCACCCGCAGCGCCGCCGUCCGGGCCGCCCCGAGCCUCGUCAGCCCCUCCGCCCACCGCAGCCGUCGCCGCAGCCCCUCCCCUCGCGGGCCCUCGCAGCCGCUCAUCCCCUUGCCGAGGCGACGCACCGACCGUCGCCUCGCCUCCCCGAGGCAUCGCCCCUACCUCCGUCGUCGCCGCGGCCUCCAACGGCCAGAUACCGCCACCGACGGGCUGUUCGUGGCCGGCGCCGGACGAUUCGGCCCGCCCUCCUCUUCUUAUCCUCUUUUCCGUCCCGAAGCCUUCACCUCCGCCUGCCCUUCUUAGCCGCCGGCUCCGCCGCGGCAGGUCCGCAGCUGUUCCAAUGGAGAACACGGAGGCUGCCAAGAACACGACCACCAGCGGCUUCGCCUCCCCUCUCUUUUCCUUCUCCAACCCCGGCAGCGCCUCCUUCGGCUUCGGCUUCGACUCUGGCGCUCCUCCGCCGCCCCCGCCGCCGGCCGUCGAGGUCCAGCUUUCCGAGGAAUCGCCCGUUGCGUCAGCUAGCUUGGAUCCGGUUGUGGUUGAUGACUCCCUGACGAUCUACAAGGGGAGGGUGAGUACAUCUGAUGUUUUUGGAGUUAAAGACUCUGAUUUGGUCCCAGGAAAAUACGAAGGUGGGCUGAAGCUGUGGGAAGGUUCAUUAGACUUGGUGAAGGCUCUAAAUUCUGAUAUCAAAGAAGGUAGAUUGCUUCUAGAAAGCAAACGUGUAUUAGAGCUUGGAUGUGGACAUGGCCUCCCUGGCAUUUUUGCAGGUCUUAAGGGUGCUUGUCUGAUUCAUUUCCAAGAUUUCAAUGCUGAGGUUCUUAAAUGCCUGACCAUACCAAAUGCGAAGGUCAAUCUUUUCAAGGAGCCACCUGAAGGAACACGUACAUCUACGAGUGUUGGUUUCUUUGCUGGUGAUUGGAGUGAAAUGGAUAAGCUACUUCUUUGCGGAGAUGCUGAGCAAGACAGAACAACCAGUGGUGUUACAGAAGAUAAAACAUAUAAUGGUUAUGAUAUCAUCAUGAUGGCUGAGACUGUUUAUGCGUUAUCUUCUCUUCCAAAUCUCUACAGGCUUAUCAAGAAGUGCUUGCGCUACCCUGGGGGUGUGGUUUACAUGGCAGGGAAGAAGCAUUAUUUUGGCGUGGGUGGUGGCACAAGACCGUUCCUACGCUUGGUUGAAGAAGAUGGCGCUAUGCUAACUGAGCGGCUCAAUGAUGUUGCCGAUGGAUCAUCUAAUGUUAGGGAGGUUUGGAAAUUCUCGUUCAAAUAGAUUAGCACUUCCCUUGCGAUUGUCAAAGAAACUGAAAACAUGUACUGUACUCCAUAUUGGUAGAGGGAAGCCUUGGUCUAGGAGUUCCCUUAUUCGGCUAAUGUACCUUUGACUAUUUCAAAAGCCGAACUUUUCAUUUGGAAUUUUGAUAUGAUUAUGAACCUCCAGACCAUAAUCAAGAAAUUGCUGUACCUCCAGAUCAUGUUCUAAACUCGUGUUGCCCCUCCUUAACACAUGAAUUAUCCAUGAUC